AGCAGUUUGGGCUCCAGACAGCUUGAGUCUGGCAAUGGCCCCGCCGGACCAGGGGCUCCGGCGCGGUGUGUUGGUGCGGAUCCGCGGCCUCAAGAGCAAGCCGCAGCUCAACGGCGGGCUCGGCCGCUGCGACCGCCUAGAUGAACAGAGCGGGAGGUGGUCGGUGAUCUUAGGCGAUGGAUCGACAAAGGUGCUGAUGAAAGCAGAGAAUUUGUUCUCUUUCGAUGAGUACAUCAAGGUGGCGCAUGAGGGCAGAGUGCCGACUGACAUCGGACCUUUCAUGAACGACUUUCUUACCAACCCCAAGUAUGAUGCGCCGGGCGGUGCGGAGCGCCGGGUGCUGACGCCACAAGAAUCCUACGACAAGGCGCAGCGUGAGGGCCGCCGGGCCAGCCCGCGGUUGAGUCAAGAGGAGGAGAAGUCUGGAAAGUAUUCGUCCUUCGUCGUCAAGAAGGUGGAUGUGCAAGCAGGUUCCUUGGAGCUGGCCAUUAUCGCGCCCUCCGAGGCGAAGCGCCGGCCGCUGCCCACCAUCCUGGCGAUCUCCCGGGGCGAGCAACGUCAUGUGGCCAAGCUCUUCCGCGCCCUGAGGGCAGAGGAGCGCGGCUGGCAGCUGCUGGUUCCAAUGCGCUCGGGCGCCGCGACAGACUUUAUCGAGCCGGCCGGUCAGACCAUGCUGGAACAGCUUCUCCAGGCUUUGCUGGAUGACCGCGAUGGGGAGAUUGUGCCCUUCCCUGUCCUGAGCAACGUGUUCCACAUGCUUGGCAUGAGCCACGGCUCUGCCGCUCUGCUGUCCUUGGCCUGCAAAGCGCCCGACCGCACAGGCUCGCUGAACUUAGUGACCGGCUUCCUCCCCCAAUUCUGUGAAGUGCAGGCGCUUCGCAAUAUGAAGGACAUCCGUUUUUUCGUGGGAGACCAGGAUGAGCUUGGCCACCGGGAGUAUCUGAGAGGGAUCAAGGAAUCUCUGAAGGAAGCGGGGGGCAAUGCGCAUUUGCACAUCGUCAAGGGUGCCAGCCACUACGACAUCGGGGAGUUCAUUGACAAAGAGGAGUUGUGGCAGCGGUUGGAGCUGGCUCGGUGAGCUCUUAAGAUGAGCGCGACAGAAGGCUUGUUCGUUUUCAACUCGUGUGGAAA